AACACCUUUUUCAAGAUGGUGCGAAGGUCCUCUUCUUCCGUCAGGUCCUCCACGACGCCCUCUUGGCGUCCUUUGUUGGACGCCGAUGGUAUUGGACUUGGUUGCGCCGCCUUGGGUGGGGCGGUGGUGGCCUGGGUUGGCUUCGGCGGUACAGUCACCGCAGUCACCAUCUCUUCUCCAUCACCAGCCUUACUUGCAGCUCCUCCCGCGACCGCCUUCUCCUACGCGGCUUGGGCAGCCUUCUCAGCAGCCGUCAUUGAUUUCGUCAGCACCAUCAUGUCCGUCGGCCCUUGAUCAAGAACGGAGCUCUGAUACCAGAUGAUAGAGCCCGGUGGAUUGGGUCCUAUCUAGGGAUUGGGAUUGGGAAUGAUCAAUUAGGGAUUGAUCACCGUGUCACAGAAAGAAGGAAGGGGAAGGAAAAUUGUUUGGGGCCAAGAGGACGAAGGAAGAGAGGGGAAUUGGUUUGGGGACGAAGAGAAGAAGAAGGAGAGAAGGGAAGAGGGAGUUGUUUGGCGAGAGGAAGAAGGAAGGAGGAAGAGAGAAGAGGCGGCAGUAGGCUGCCAAGGAAGGGGACAAGGGGAGAGGGGUCGACGGUUUGGGAGAGAGGGAGAGAGAGAUUGAGAAUUAGGAUUUAGGGUAUAAUCUUUGCUUACUCUCUUAAUUCCACGUACAAGUAGUUUAUAUAAAAAUGGCUAAUUCCCUACUGCUACCCGAUUAUUCCCUCAAUUCCCGAAUAGUCCAAUAAUCCAAAUAAAAAUAAUAAAACGGUAAUAAAGUACUAAAAUGCAA